GAACAGAGACACGGACAUGAACAAAGAUAACGCAACAAAAAACACUCACUGAGGGACUAUGGCAAGAUUUUCUAUGGAAACGCAGAAGGCCUGAUCCUUUUUGUACAUGUUUAUGGUGCUUCUAUGUUUCUUUUACUUUUGGCAAACAAACAUGUCUGAAACUCUGCCUCAUAAGUGGGUAAUGUUGUUGUCGACUCGCCUGGUGAGGUUUUUUUCAAAAGCCAGAGUGGUUUGCUUCCUGGUGGUCUUGACACUGACGCUUCUCAUCAUUGCUUCCUACAACCUGACGUCGGACAAGAAAAGACUUCCCUUCACCACCUCACCCAAUCAGGUCAGGCCUGGUGUCGUCCAGUCAAACACAGCAGCAGCAGCUGAAGUUUCCUCUAAAAACAAUUUAAUAGACAUGAAACAGCUGGUGGAGAUCAUUAACUCCAAACUGGAAUACACACCCAGGAAGGUGCCCGAUGAAAAGGAUGUCAUUGAAAGGGACUCUCAUUUGUUCUCUGUAAUUCCUCGUCAUUUCCUGCCUGGUGUCAAGAGCCCUUGCUGGUAUGAGGAGAUCUCCAGUGAACGCAGCACUGAUCCAUACAGGAAUAACCACUAUUGUUCUGGCUCACCAACCAGAGAGACUUUAUGUGACAAAAUGAGGCCAAACUUCCACAAGCACUUACAACACAGAGACGGCAAACUGUUUCGUUUGCGUUGCUUGCCGUACUUCUACAUCAUUGGCCAACCAAAGUGUGGCACAACUGAUCUGUACUCCAGGCUGCGAAUGCAUCCAGAGGUCCAGUCCAGCAUCAUAAAGGAACCACACUGGUGGACUUGGCCACGUCCCGGUUAUUUCCAUUCCAGAGAUGGCCUCAAGGACAUUUUUCGUGUGGAAAAUUACUUGGAUCUGUUUGACGUGGCUGCCCAACACAUCCAAGAAGAAAUGAAUAGAAGCUCAUCUGGAGACCACCACAAAACCCAGUUUGUAACAGAAGGUGGCACUGAGAUGAUCAAUGUCUUGACAUUUGAAGCCAGUCCAUCCACUAUGUGGGACAACGGAGCCCGGAAGGAGGCAGAACCUGUUUUUCUGACCCAGGACUUCAUCCACACACUGCAGCCUGGUGCCAAACUCAUUAUCAUCCUGAGAGAUCCAGUAGAGAGGCUUUAUUCUGACUACCUGUAUUUUAGGACGGACAAAGAGUCAGUAAAGGACUUCCAUCAGAGGGCCAUGAAGUCUGUACAGUUGUUUCAGUCCUGUCUGUCUCGGCGGUCACUUGGUUCCUGUGUCUACAACAGAAUCCUCCUCAAAGCCAUGCCACUGAGGCUACAUGUGGGGUUGUACGUUGUCUUCUUACUGGACUGGCUGACAGUUUUCCAUCGGGACCAGAUUCUAGUUCUACGACUGGAGGACUACGCAGCCGACAAGAGAGCGACAUUACAGAAAGCUUUUGAUUUUCUGGGUCUAAGUCCUCUGUCAGUGGAGCUGGAGGAAGAAGUGAUGAAACAGCGUGUGGCAAACAGCCGGGGGGUGAAGGACAAGAAAGUAGGUCCUAUGCUUCCAGCCACCAGAGACCUCCUCAGGGAAUUUCACCAGCCCUUCAACCAUAAACUGGCCAGUGUGUUGGACGACAGCGCCUUCCUGUGGAGUUACCCCUGA